AUGUCAAUAAUCGCGGAUGAUAAGUGCUUUACUGUGACACCUAUGCAUAAGUGGAGCUACCUAGGCUUUUAUAAAUACCGUUACCGUCAAGAUGACUUUAGUUAUUUAUUUGCAACAGAGUCUUUUAGGCUCAUGAAAUCACUUGAGCGUUUAGCUCAGCAAGACUCUCAGGAAGUUCGAGAAAAAGCAAAUAUCUUGAUCACGUUAAGUAUUACAGUUUGCAUUAUUUACCUAUAUAUAGCACAUGCAAUCACAUGCAGUAUGGGGAUUCCAACUAGUUGGAUAAGAUAUCCAACUUCCACGACUAUGAGGAGUAAUUACGGUUCCUCCUCUGAUGAUUUACGGAUCGUUGUGGUGUAUGGAUCUUCAAGCGGUCAUUUUAUGACUCACUCAACCAGGGAAGGGCAAUUACGGUUUCCCUUCCAGGCUAUGCCUACGGGACUGUUGUGGUCUGCUGGCCAUUACCAAAAACCGGAUAUUAAGAAUUUCUGGGUUGACAUUGAAAAACAAUAUCUGGAAAAAAAGAAUGCUUUGCAAACGUAUGAAUGCCGAACAAAGAUCAAACAAAAGACACAGGUGAUGAUGAAAAACUUAGCUGAUGAAACAGUUUUAGAAAGUCGAGAAAUGAGUGCUACAAUGAGAAUAUAUCAAGAAGAAUCGAACACUGACCAACGACUAAAAACUUCCGAGUAUACAGUUCAAUCAUCAGAUUCUUCCAUAUUUCCUGGAAUUGAGGCGGAAUCUGACGUUUUUAACUCCGAGAACGAUGAAGAUUCUGAAGCAAAUGAUUUGGAUACACCGGAUCAUGAGAAGGCGAUCGAUGAUCAAAAAGAGGUAAAAGAGGAGAGCAACAAUAAAGCGGCAAAGGAAAACAAAAAAGGGCCAUUUAGAAUGCGCGAACAAAAUCGAAUAGAGUUUGCGGAAUCCUAUAGGGCAAUGGACAAAAGUUAUAUGUGGAAACUUUCGUCAGGGAGAAUAGUUGAAGAGUUGUUUAAACUCGGAAAUGAUUUGGAGUUUGAACA